AUGAAUUCUGAUAUAGCUACUUUAUUACCAGAAUUUAAAUAUAGCAGGACUUUAGGUACCGAUCCUCUUACUAAAACUGCCUGUAUUCUGGGGUCAAUCAAAGAUCAAGACGCUAUUUUAAAGAUUGAAAAAAGUGCCUUUCAAAUAAAUGAUGAUUUUUCUAUUUCACAAUCUAUUAAGACUAAAAAUGUAAAACAAUUAUUACAUAAUGACGUGUACUAUACAGGUCUUUCGAUAUUUGAGUAUGAUUUACAAGAUAACCCAGAUCUACAAGUGACAAUUAUUUGGCCAGCUACUGAAAUUCAUAUUAAGAAAUAUGAUACAACAGAACAAACCAAGUUUCAUAUGAUUUCCGAAACCCCUGAAAUUUAUAAUGAAAUUGUUAAACCUUAUAUUGAAGAAUUAUAUGAUACAGGCCGAUUACAAUGGGUUAAAAAUAUUCUUCAUAAUGGAGCUGAAGCUGAAAGAAUUGUUUAUCGAGAUGAUGAUAUCGUUAUAUUACCAGAUUUGAAAUGGGAUGGAAUUGAUAUGGAUUCAUUGUACCUUGUAGGCAUAGUCUGCAGAGAUGAUAUUAGAUCUAUUAGGGAUCUAAAUUCUUCGCAUAUUACCUGGUUAAAAUCUAUUAAAAAUAAUAUUUAUGUAUCAUUUUUGAAAAAAUAUGGACACUCUAAUAUUAAACCAAACCAAUUAAGACUUUUUGUUCACUAUCAACCGUCAUAUUAUCAUUUUCAUAUCCAUAUUGUAAAUGUUAAGUAUAAUGGAUUAGGUAAUAGUAUUACCGCGGGUAAAGCCAUCUUAUUGGAUGAUAUAAUUGAUUUAUUGGAAAUUCUUGGUUGUGAAGGCUUUAUGAAAAAAAAUAUUAAUUACAUUAUAAAUGAGCAGCAUGAUUUGUGGACAAGAGGAUUAUGCAAUUAUGUUUUAAAGGAUCCUAUUGAGCAUCGAUAUUAG